GCAGCACAGCAGCAAGCGCUAAGCUCUCCUUGAGCUGAGCUGGUUGCUACAGCGAGCAAGCUAAGCUAGACGCUGUGCCGUCGAGAUCAGUAGAGGGAUUAGCAGUGAUGGGAGCGAUGGAUGGAGAGAAGGUGGUGGUGUUCAGAGUGAGGGAGUUCGACAUGGAGAGGGACCUGGCGGCGGUCGAGGAGCUCGAGCGCCGGUGCCAGGUCGGCCUGUGCGGCGACGCCGCCGAUGGCAACGACGGUGGCAAGAGGAAGACGAAGAAGAAGAAGAGGGGCAUGUCCCUCUCCGUCGAGCAGGUCGGCGACCCGCUGGCGAGGGUCCGCCACGCGCCGGAGCACGUCAUGCUGGUUGCCGAGUAUGGUGAAGAGCAGGAGAUGGUCGGGAUCAUCAAGGCCUGCGUGAAGACGGUGGCCAGAGGCGGCGGCGGCGGCAAGAAACCUUCUUCUGCUUCCUCCAGCCCGGAGAAGCGGCAGCCGCCGGCGUACGUGAAGGUGGCCUGCCUCCUCGGCCUCAGGGUCUCCCCGUCUCACAGGCGGCUGGGGAUCGCGACGGCGCUGGUGGAGCGCGCGGAGGAGUGGUGCCGUGCGCGCGGCGCGGCGCACGCGACGAUGGCGACGACGGCGUCCAACGCGGCGUCGCUGGCGCUGUUCACGGGGCGGUUCGGGUACGCGCCGUUCCGGCGGCCGGAGUUCCUGGGCCGGCCUGUGCACGCGCACCGCCUGGCCAUCCCGAGCGGGCACCGCGUGUUCCAGCUGCCGCCGGAGCUGGCGGCCGCGGCCUACGCGCGCCUGCUCCCGCCGGAGGCCGCGGAGUUUCUCCCCGCCGACAUGCCGGCCCUCCUGGCCCACAAGCUUACGCUGGGCACCUUCGUGGCCAUCGAGAGCAACCCGGACCCGUCCCUCCCGCCGUCGUUCGCCGUGCUCAGCGUCUGGGACUCCACCCGCUCCAUGCGCCUCCGCGUGCGCGGCGCGCCGGCGCUGCUCCGCGCGUCGCUCGCCGCGCUCCGGGCGCUCGACCGCGGCGCGCCGUGGAUGCGGGUCCCAUCCAUCCCUGACAUCUUCCGCCCCUUCGGCGCCUACCUCCUCUACGGCCUCCACAUGUCCGGCCCGGCCGGUCCCGCCCUGCUCCGCUCCCUCUGCCACCACGCCCACAACGUCGCCCGCAAGAACCCGGUCUGCGCCGUCGUCGCCGCCGACGUCGCGCCCGACGACCCGGCCGCCGCCGCCGUCCCGCGCUGGCGCCGCUUCUCCUGCGACGAGGACGUCUGGUGCAUCAAGAACCUCGACAACAAUGCCGACGACGACUGGGCGGUGCCGGCGCCGCCCGGCACGGUGCUGUUCGUCGACCCCCGCGAGUUUUGACGACGUAGCCAUGGCACCCAGCUAUGCAAGGCAGGUUGUAGGCAGAGGGCUAACCACCUCGCCUCUGCCAAGUUUUGACAACAACUACACACGUGUACAUACACUUGCAUUGGUACCGCAAUGGCAAUGACCUGCCUUGCCAUUUGUGGUAUCAACCACCAGGGCUAAAGUGAUGUCUGUAACGGUAGCAUUUGCUUCUGGAUUUAGAAUAGCGACGAGGUUUGGCGAGCUA